AUGUCGCUCCCAGACUUCACUUCCGACUCUGGCCUCGCCAAGCUCGAGCAGUUCCUGUCCAACAAGUCUUACAUUGACGGACAUGCUCCUUCCAAGGCCGACGUUGCCGUCUUCGAGGCUUGUUCCGCCCCCGACGCAACCAAGUACCCCAACGUCGCCCGCUGGUUUGUGCACAUUGCUCACUUCGAGAAGGAGCACCCCAACCUGCCAGGAGACAAGGCCAAGGCCGCUACCCUCCUCGGCUCCACUGCCAACACUGGUGUCCAGUCCGAUGCCGCCAAGGCCGUAGCCGUGGCUGGCGAGGACGAGGACGAAGACAUUGACCUGUUCGGCUCGGAUGACGAGGAGGUCGAUGCCGAGAACGAGCGAAUCAAGGCCGAGCGUGUGGCUGAGUACGAGAAGAAGAAGGCCGCAAAGGGUCCCAGGGCUGCCGCCAAGUCCAUUGUCACCCUUGACGUUAAGCCUUGGGAUGAUGAGACUGACCUCAAGGCCGCUGAGGAGGGUCUGAGGGCCAUCGAGGUCGACGGACUCGUCUGGGGUGCUUCCAAGCUCGUCCCCGUCGGUUACGGUGUCAGCAAGAUCCAGAUCACCCUCGUCGUCGAGGAUGAGAAGGUCUCUCUCGAUGACCUGCAGGAGAGGAUCGCCGACGAGCUCGAGGACUACGUCCAGUCGACCGACAUUGCUGCCAUGGCCAAGAUCUAA